GAAUCGCACUACUUUUUCAAAGAGGUGAACUGCCGAGGGCGUGUGAAGAUUCUGAAGAUUGGAAGAGAAUUAAAUAGACGGAUCCGACCAGGUAAACUAACUUUUAUCUUGGAAAGCAGCCUUCCGCGUUGAUUAUUCAAGUCACAACUUUAAUAUACUGUACCUAAGCGCUUUUCUCUUACAGUGAAAAAUUCCCGUCGCAAUUAACCUUCGAUCUAUAGGGAAACUAGCCUAAACGUCUGCCGAGGGCGCGUGAUAAAAAUAACAACAGCGGGGAAUUAAAUGACCACUAGUGCAAGGGAGUAUAAGGAUGGGAGAAGAAGAACAUUGACUUUUACCUCGCGCGCUCGCCAAUUAUCGAAAAGAAAAAUAAAUCAACGUCUCUGUACAGGCUAUAUGGAAAAGUGAAUAUAAUACUUAGAUUGAAAGGGACCGGCAGGAACUACUUAUUAGACUUCUUCGGAAUUGGUUUCAGUGCUCGUUAUUCUCGCCUCGCACACGCACUAUUCGCACUUGCUUUAAUGCCGAUGUAAUUCAAACAACAACUAGAGAUUACAUCAGCCCCUGCUUUCUAAAAUCUCGUUUCGUUCCUCUGCGGCACACCUGUAGCUCAAAGUUGCGAUUGGACAAAAAUCAAUAAUAAAAGAGAAAAUGCAAUAGAGACGAUAUCACUUGCUAAUUUACGUUACUUUUCGGUCAAUUCUUAGGUGUUUUUGACCCUAGUGUGGCCCGAGGACUGAGAGAAGAAGUGAAAAACAAGCAUUUUGACAGGUGUAAAGUGGGACUGGAGAUUGAUUUCACAAAACAAGACCAGGCCCACCAGCUCAGUAAGCGUUGGCUUUUUUCUAAGAAGACCAAAACCAAAACCAAAACCAAAACCAAGACCAAAACCAAAACCAAAACAUUCAAAGGGCAGAAGUCUCCAGUGAAAGCCACUGGGUCAGUCAAAGGAGAAGCAAGUGUUGAGAUCAAAAAAGAUAAUGAUGGCUGGAGCGUCAAAAUAGGCGGUAAGAUUGAAGCUGAGGGCACUGUAACGGUGGGCAACGGCGGCAGCAAAAGCGGCAAAAAAAGCACCGGCGGCAGCAAAGGCGGCAAAAAAAGCACCGGCGGGAGCAGCAGCAGCAGUGGCAGCAGCGGUAGCAGUAGCAGCAGCAGCAGCGGCGGCAGCAGCAGCAGCAGCAGUAGCAGCGGUGGCGGCGGUGGCUGGUGGCGCCGCCGCUAG